GUCUACCAAGAACGUUUUCGUCAAAUCACGCGCAGAAGCCGCUCGUACGUAAACUUCGUGCAGCGUUUAGGGCACAUUUUAUUAUCGUAUUGGGGUGUAAAGUAUUCGCACUUCGCGCGAUUGUGUCACGUGAAAGUGUCUAUAAAUUUUAGGUUGGCGAAAUGGGGUACGAUGACGUAAUACCGAUGCUGGGUAACUUUGGAAGAUACCAAAGGAGAAUUUAUCUGCUGCUCUGUUUACCGGCGGUGCUAUGCGCCUUUCACAAGUUGUCGAACAUGUUCUUGCAGGCGAAAGUGAACCACCGAUGCCAGCUACCAUCGGAGCUUCCGAACGCAACGUACGAAUUACCGAUCAGUAUUCUAAACGAGUCGUAUCCGUACGAAGCCGCCCUCGAAAGGUACUCGUCGUGCUCGCUGCUCGAAAAUGGAAGAGACGCCCCCUGCGACAGUUACAUCUAUGAUUACAGUAAAUACGAGAGUAGUAUUGUAAUCGAGUGGAAUAUUGUAUGUAAUCGGGCUUAUUUGACAGCAAUAGGAGACGCCAUCUUCAUGCUGGGUGUUCUAGUCGGCUCGAUCGUAUUCGGCGACCUAUCCGAUAGAUUUGGACGAAGAAUUAUAUUUUUCAUUUCGCUGGUUAUCCAGGUGGUGUUUGGGGUGCUCGUCUCGAUUGCGCCCGAAUUUUGGUCGUAUUCGAUUUUCCGCUUCGUGGUGGGCUCGACCACCUCGGGCGUUUUUCUGGUCGCGUAUGUCAUAGCAAUGGAAAUGGUGGGUCCCAUGGAUCGACUUAUCGCCGGCGUUGUCUGUCAAAUGUUCUUUUCCUGCGGCUACAUGCUGGUGGCGCUGUUUGCGUAUUUCAUACACGACUGGCGAUAUCUGCAGGUCGCGUUGACGCUGCCGGGAGCUGUAUUUUUCUGUUACUGGUGGUUCAUACCGGAAUCGGCACGUUGGUUAUUGACUAAAGGUAGACUACAGGAAGCUAAGGUACUCAUUCAGAAAGCAGCCAAGGAAAACAAGGUGAUCAUACCAGACGAAGAUCUUCACGCACUCCUCGCCAGUGAAGUUAAACCGAAAGAUACCAAGGAGGAGUCAGUUACAAUACUUGAGAUCUUCAAGCAUCCUAACCUAAGGAAACGAUCGCUGAUAGUAUUCUUUGAUUGGAUGGUCAACAGCAUGACCUACUACGGUCUGUCGUGGAACACGAGUAAUUUAGGCGGAAACGACUACGUCAAUUUUGUGAUUGCGGGUGCGGUUGAACUUCCAGCGUACACGUUCCUUCUUCUCACCCUAAACAGAUGGGGUCGUAAAUCGAUUCUGUGCGGAUGUAUGGUCACCGCCGGCGUUGCUCUGCUGCUCACGAUGGCUGUACCGCAAGCGCAUCCCUGGAUGACGGUGACGCUGGCGAUGAUCGGAAAGUUGGCGAUCACUGCAAGCUAUGGAACAGUAUACAUUUUCUCCACCGAGCAAUUCCCGACGGUAAUCCGAAACGCCGGUCUCGGAGCAGGUUCGAUGUGCGCGCGUAUAGGCUCGAUAUCCGCUCCCCUCAUCAACUUGAGCAACGAAGUAUGGAAACCGUUUCCGCUAAUCAUCUUCGGAAUCCUAUCGCUUUUGGCCGGAUGCCUAUCCCUGCUCCUACCAGAGACGCUCAACCAAAAAUUGCCGGCCACGAUAGCGGACUGCGAGACAUUCGGAAGCCCGAUGACUGUAAUCGAAGAGGAGAAGCAACUGAAAUGUGACGACGAUCUCGAGAGGAACGACAAGAUUAAACUUUAACUCGUGUAUUAAUUCUCAAUAUUAGGAAUCUAUAUUUUAAACAAUAUUAUUUUUAAACAGUGGUAUAUGUGGCUGUGGAUUCUUUGCGCGAACUCGUUUUUUAUGCACUGCGAAAGGUUUUACAGUAGCAAAAAUGCCGUACAGUAUCGGUUGAGAUUAGGCGUGACGUUUAUACAAAUCAACGGUAUACAUUUUUUUACUCCAUGUGUACAAUAAAGAGAAUUUCGUAAUGA